AUGGCGACAAACAUCACCUGGCACCCCUCCCUCUCGCGCCACGAGCGCAACACCUUCCGGGGCCAGCGCGGCUUCACCCUCUGGUUCACCGGCCUCAGCGCGUCCGGCAAAUCCACCGUCGCCACCGCGCUGGAGCAGCACCUUCUGCACCUCGGCCUCUCGGCCUACCGCCUCGACGGCGACAACGUGCGGUUCGGGCUGAACAAGGACCUGGGCUUCAGCGAGCGGGACCGCAACGAGAACAUCCGGCGCAUCGGCGAGGUCGCCAAGCUCUUCGCCGACGCCUCCACCAUCGCCCUCACCUCCUUCAUCUCGCCCUUCCGCGCCGACCGCCAGCUCGCGCGCGACCUGCACACCUCCUCCAACACCAACGGCGACGACCCCAUCCCCUUCAUCGAGGUCUACGUCGACGUCCCCAUCUCCGUCGCCGAGCAGCGCGACCCCAAGGGCCUGUACAAGAAGGCGCGCGCCGGCGAGAUCAAGGAGUUCACCGGCAUCAGCAGCCCCUACGAGGCCCCCGAGCACCCCGAGAUCACCAUCCGCACCCACGAGAGCUCCGUCGAGGAGUGCGUCGCCCAGAUCGUGCGCUGGCUCGAGGAGAAGGAGCUGAUCCCCGCCGACAAGAAGACCGGUGUGCCUACCACGACCCCCGCCGAGGCGGCCGGGAUCUCGGGGAAUGCGGCGCUUGCUUCGUGA